AUGAAAAGCGUACAAAUACUCAAUCCAGAGGACGUAGAGACUGUGCUGACCAAUACAAAGCAUAAUAAAAAAGGCUAUAUCUACUUCUGUCUCCGCCCUUGGUUAAAUGAUGGUCUCCUGCUAAGUAGCGGUGAAAAGUGGUAUGAACGAAGGAAAAUUCUCACCCCUGCAUUUCAUUUCAAUAUUCUUCGCCACUUCAGUACCAUUCUCUCUGAAAAUACUGAAAAAUUUGUUGAAAGCCUCGAAUCAGAAGUAGACAAACAAAAAACAGAUAUUUAUCCUUUUAUAGCAAAUAUGACUUUGAAUUCAAUAUGUGAAACAGCAAUGGGAACCCAACUGGAUGAAGAGACGUCAGGCAUAGGCAAACGUUAUAAAGACGCAAUACAUACACUGGGAACAUAUUUUCUUUACAGAGGACAGCGACUUUGGUUCCAUUUAGAUUUUCUUUUUAAUUUAAGCUCAGUUGGUCGCAAACAAAAGGAUUUAUUAAAUUUAUUAGGAACAUUUCGGGACCACGUAAUUAAACAACGUCGAGAUAACGGGAAUUACAAGAAUUUAUAUGCAGAAGUAAUGAACGAUCCUGAAGAAGAUUUCUAUAGCAAUAAGAAGAAGCGGUUGGCAAUGUUAGAUUUAUUAUUAGACAUUGAGGAGCAGGGAAAAAUAGAUACAGCGGGAAUUAACGAGGAAGUCGAUACAUUUAUGUUUGAGGUAUGCUAUAUUUAUUCC